UAUUUUUCUUGUGAAAAAAUCAUUAAUUUUUUCAUUCUGUAAUUUUCUUACUUUAACUUUUUUACCUCUCGGUCAUUUUUCUAAGCUCGAGCUGCUCUAGUUUAAUCUUUUUUUAAAAAAAAAUUGCUCUAAUUUAAUCUUAAUACGUAAAACAUUAACAUUCGGAGUUAAUUAAUCAUCGGCUGUUAAAACAAAAGAAUGAAGGAGAGUGGAAGAAAACAAGGUGCACUAUCGCCGUGCGCUGCGUGCAAGCUUCUCCGGCGGAGGUGUGCACAGGACUGUGUUUUUGCUCCGUAUUUUCCAGCGGAUGAACCUCAGAAAUUUGCUAGUGUGCACAAGGUUUUUGGAGCAAGCAAUGUUAACAAAAUGUUACAGGACUUACCAGAGCAUCAAAGGAGUGAUGCAGUGAGUUCAAUGGUGUACGAAGCAAAUGCAAGAGUACGUGACCCGGUUUACGGGUGCGUAGGGGCAAUAUCGUCUUUACAGCAACAAAUUGACUCACUCCAGACCCAAUUAGCCAUAGCACAAGCCGAGGUUGUACACAUGAGAAUGCGCCAAUAUGGUCCGUCUUCAUCGAACCCGAUGAGCGCCAUGGACAUGGUGGUUGACCAGGCGAGCGCGGGCGAGUCAUUGUGGUCAUGCUAGCUACGAGCCUAUGGCUAUAAUGGUUCAUGCUCUUGCCUGGCCUUUUUGCGUAUAUAAUUAUUAAUUUACUAUCAUGGCCUUGCUUUAUUGUCGGCAUCUUUUUUUUUAAGUCCUUUAUAUAUAGCACGCACAUCUCUAUACUAGACCAAGAGAUGAUGAUUAUGAUCAUUAAUUAACUGUAUUGUAUAUAUAUAUUUCUAAUUAAACUAUAUAAUUAUGAGAUAUGAUAUAUUCUGGUA